GGCGACCAACUGGGGUUCACUUCCCUCCCAGUUCCAUUAAAAAAAAACAAAAAAAAGACAAGCCCGCUGAUAGCAAAGAGAAAAGGAAACCGGCGAACCAAAUGGCGAUGCUGUGCCAGCCCCUUUCGCGCCCGAAGGCCGGCGAGGUUUUCCGGCCGUUCCUCUCAUCCUCGAAAGCAUUAUCCGGUCGAAUUUGUGCCACCGAACAAUGGGUGUUUCUCCCAUCAAGAAAAGAAAAGAGGGCACUGUUUUUGAUGAAACUUCAUGUUCCACUUUGGAAAAGUCAAAGCUUGUCAAGUUGCAAAUUUUCAUGUCCUAUAGCAGAUGGUCUCCAAAAGGCUAGGUCAGGAGCUAGAGAUGGGAAAAUAUCAGGACUAUGCCAUAUGGUCAUGGAAUGCAUAUCCAAUCAUCAGGUAUGAUGAAGGUGAUGCCAUACGACUUGUCAAAAGCAGUUGUUCUUGCAAAUUCAUUGAUGCUCGUUCUGCCUCUCAGAGUCUUGGCAGAAACAUGUGAGGCGGCGCGUAAUCCCUUUACUGAGAUGCCUCUACUUUUUGCUAUAGCCCUUAUAGGGGCUGCUGUGGGGGGAUUGCUUGCACGACAGAGAAGAGGGGAACUGGAGCGCUUGAAUGACCAGUUGCGCCAGAUCAAUGUAGCACUAAGAAGACAAGCAAAGAUAGAAUCUUAUGCUCCCAGCUUGAGUUAUACACCAGGUGGUAGAAUCUCGGAAUCUGAAGUCAUUGUUGACCCCAGGAAGCAGCAACUGAUCACAAUUUUGAGAACCGGGAAAAAUUUUCUGAGGAAUCAAGAUCUAGAGAAAGCAUCUGUGGAGUUUAAGGCAGCUUUUGAUCUUGCACGGAGUUUGGGAGAUCACCUGGAGGAAAAGAAGGCUGCAAGAGGAUUAGGUGCAUCCCUACAGAGACUAGGAAGAUACAAGGAAGCUAUAAAGUACUACUCCAAGGUUUUGGAGAUAUCCAGACAAGAAGGUGACGAUUCUGGCAGUACAGAGGCUUAUGGAGCAAUAGCUGACUGCUAUGCUGAGCUUGGAGAGCUGGAGAGAGCUGCAAAGUUCUAUGACAAAUAUAUUGGAAGGCUAGAAAGUGAUUGAUCGAGCUCAAGUGCGCCUUAGCUUUCGAGAAUCAUUCAUAUGACGCCAGUGGAAAAUCUCUCUUUUUUGUUUGUUUUUUUUUUGGUGUGUAUGUGUUGGAAUUGUCACCAGCAUAGGCAGAUAUGUUGCGGUCUUUGAAGUCUAGGUAACUUACGGUUGCAUUUCCAUAUUAUGUACAUAUUUCCAUGGUUCUAGAUUUUCAGAAUCUUUUCUAUAAAAUUAUCUCCAUGUUAAAU